AAUCUAAGUCCUCUCUAUCUAUAUCUCUCUUUCCCUCACUUCUGUAAAUCUUUAGGCUGUCCAAAACCAGCGACCCAAAUCAAAGUGAAGCUUUGAGAAGCUGAGUUUUAAAGCUUUUCUGGAUGUGGGUUCUUGAGUUCAUCAUCAAUUAACUGAGGUAGGACUAUUGUGCUAUUCUUCAUUCUUUUCUUUUUCUUUUUUGUUUUUGCUAGCUAAGGGAUACUAUAAGCUUUGCUUCAGCUAGAGAGGACUAGCAAAGAAAGAAAUAAAUUUGCCUUUUUUAUGGUUAUCAUAAUGAAGGACUUUCCUUCUUGCUUUGGUGAAAACGGUGUUCAAGUAGCUGAUUCAUCAUCAUCAUCAUCAUCAUCAUCGUCAAGUGCAGCUAAAGCUGCUCAAAACUUGGUUACUUGUGUUUAUCAGUGUAAAUUACAUGGUCGUUCAUGCUUAAUUACGGUCACAUGGACCAAGAGUCUGAUGGGUCAAGGCCUUAGCGUUGCAAUUGAUGAUUCAGCCAAUCAAUGUUUAUGUAAAGUUGAUAUAAAGCCCUGGUUGUUCUCUAAGAGAAAAGGAUCAAAGAUUUUAGAGGUAGAUUCUGGUAAAAUUGAUAUAUGUUGGGACUUAUCUAAUGCUAGAUUUGGUUCUGGGCCAGAGCCAGUUGAAGGAUUUUACCUGGCUGUUGCAUUUGACCAAGAAAUGAUGUUGCUUCUUGGGGAUUUAAAAAAGGAAGCAUACAAGAAGAUUGACACUAGUGCUCCUGUUAAUUCCGAUGCCAUUUUUAUUGCGAAGAGAGAGCAUAUUUUUGGGAAGAAGUUUUAUGGUGCCAAGGCUCAGUUUUGUGACAAGGGACAGAUGCAUGAUGUCAUAAUCGAGUGUGACACCGUCGAUCUUAAGGAUCCAUGCCUUGUUAUCCGCAUUGAUAGUAAGACAGUGAUGCAGGUUAAGCGGCUCAAGUGGAAGUUCCGUGGCAACCAUACCAUUUUGGUGGAUGGACUCCCAGUGGAAGUGUUUUGGGAUGUUCACAACUGGUUAUUUGGCAAUGCCAUGGGCAAUGCGGUUUUCAUGUUUCAAACUUGCCUCUCUGCAGAGAAAUUGUGGGCCAGCCAGUCCAUUUUUGAUCCAUCUGUAUUGACAUGGUCUUCCUCUCAAAAGUUUAGAGAUCACCAAGUACAGGGUCAUGGUUUUUCAUUAAUAUUGUAUGCUUGGAAGCAUGAAUAGAAGUGUAAUUUGUCACUGUGAGAUUUAGAAAAUACUUUAUGCUAUGAUUUUCACAGAUAUGUGAUUGAAAUAUAGUAUAUGCAACCUAGAAGUUGUGAUUCA